AUGCCGCCCGGCGCGCCAGCAGUAUCGAAAUGUCCGCUCAGGACCAUCAAGGAGAUCCAGUUCGGGCUGCUCUCCCCCGAGGAGAUCAAGGCCAUGAGCGUGGUGCAUAUCAUCUACCCUGAGACCAUGGAUGAGGACAACAAGAAGCCCCGCGAACAAGGUCUCAACGACCCCAAGCUCGGCACCAUCGACCGCAUGUAUUCGUGCGCAACGUGCAAGGAGGACAUCCAGGUCUGCCCUGGGCAUUUUGGCCACAUCGAGCUGGCCACUCCCGUCUUCCAUGUCGGUUUUGUCGUCAAGAUCAAGAAGAUCCUUGAGACGGUGUGCCACAGCUGUGGCUUGAUCCUCGCUGAUACCAACCAUCCGGACUGGGAUCAGGCUAUGAAGACCAAGGAUGCGAAGCGGCGAUUUGACAAGAUCUGGCGCAUGUCCCGGACACGGCGAGUCUGCGAACAGGACACCACUGAGGAGGACCCGAAGAAGGCCCGCCGUCCCCACGGCGGUUGUGGCAAUCCGCAGCCUGACACCAUCCGCAAGGAGGGUCUCAAGCUCACCGGCACGUGGAAGCAAAAGAAGAAGGAUGAGGAUGAUGGCCAGGGUGACCGCAAGGAGGUCAUUACCCCGCAGACGUCACUCAACAUCUUCAAGCUGCUCUCCGACGAGACGCUCCAGAUCCUCGGUCUGAACAAGGACUACGCUCGUCCCGAGUGGAUGAUCCUUACCGUUCUGCCUGUUCCUCCACCACCAGUUCGCCCCAGUAUCUCGGUCGACGGCACAGGACAAGGUAUGCGUGGCGAGGACGACUUGACAUACAAGCUGGGCGACAUCAUUCGCGCCAACAGUCGUGUUCUGCAGUGUAUUCAGGACGGCUCACCACAGCACGUUCUCACAGAGUUUGAUACUCUGCUCCAGUACCACGUGGCAACAUACAUGGAUAACGACGCAAACGGUGUACCACAGGCCAUGCAGAAGUCCGGCCGUCCGCUCAAGACUAUUCGUGGUCGUCUAAAGGGUAAGGAGGGUCGUCUCCGAGGAAACUUGAUGGGUAAGCGUGUCGAUUUCUCCGCACGUACUGUCAUCACAGGUGACCCCAACCUUUCGCUGGACCAGGUCGGUGUGCCACGUUCGAUUGCUCGCACUCUCACCUACCCUGAGGUUGUUACCAAAUUCAACAUCAGUAAGCUGACUGGGCUGGUGCGCAACGGUCCCAACCAGCACCCUGGUGCCAACUACGUGAUCAAGGCCGAUGGAGUACGUCUCGAUCUCAAGCACAACAAGAACCUCGACGACCUGCGACUGCAGUACGGCUGGAAGGUUGAGCGCCACAUCAACGAUGACGACGUCAUCAUCUUCAACCGUCAGCCGUCCCUGCACAAGGAGUCCAUGAUGGGUCACCGUGUCAAGGUCAUGCCAUACUCGACUUUCCGUCUCAACCUGUCUGUCACGUCACCAUACAACGCUGAUUUCGAUGGCGACGAGAUGAAUUUGCACGUCCCUCAGAGCGAUGAGACACGAGCUGAAGUUCAAAACCUGUGCAUGGUCCCUAAGCAGAUCGUGUCACCUCAGAAGAACUCCCCUCUGAUGGGUAUCGUGCAGGAUACUCUUUUGGGCGCUUACAAGAUGACUCGUCGUGAUGAGUUCUUGCCUAUCGAGCAAGUCAUGAAUAUCAUGAUGUGGGUGCCGGAGUGGGAUGGCAUUGUUCCGGAACCUGCGAUCCUGAAGCCUCGUCCUCUCUGGACCGGAAAGCAGAUCUUGAGCAUGGCUAUUGCGAAGGAGGUCAACAUCGUCAAGCUCGACGAUGACUCGAAGCCUGGACCAUGGAACGAUAUCGCCGACAAGAGUCUGAUGAUCAUGGGUGGCCAGCUCAUCUUCGGACAGAUCACGAAGAAGGUUGUCGGUGCUACAGCCGGUGGUGUCAUUCACAUCAUCUUCAACGAGCUUAGUCCUCUGGACGCCGUAGGCUUCUUCAACGCCUGCCAGCGCAUUGUGUGCUACUGGCUGUUGCACCACGGUUUCAGUAUGGGUGUGGGCGACGCCAUUCCUGACCCGGCUACUUCUGAGAAGAUUGCCGAGUGCAUUGCAAAGUCCAAGAAGGACGUCGAAGACAUCAUCCUCACGGCUACUCAAGACAAGCUUGAGCCGCUGCCGGGUAUGACGAUUCGCGGUACCUUCGAGUCGAAGGUGCAGAAAUUCCUCAACGAAGGUCGUGAAGGUGGUGGUACCGCCGCUCAGAACAGUUUGAAGCACUUCAACAACGUUGUCAACACUGUCAUUUCUGGUUCCAAGGGCUCUACCGUCAACAUCUCGCAGAUGGUGUCUCUCGUCGGUCAACAGGCUGUCGAAGGUCAACGUAUUCCUUUCGGAUUCAAGUACCGAACUCUGCCCCAUUUCACCAAAGAUGAUUACUCGCCCGAGUCUCGAGGUUUCGUCGAAAACUCGUACCUACGCGGUCUGACACCUUCGGAGUUCUUCUUCCACGCCAUGGCCGGUCGUGAAGGUCUCAUUGAUACUGCUGUCAAGACUGCCGAGACAGGUUACAUCCAGCGUCGUCUCGUUAAGGCGCUUGAGGAUGUCAUGGUGAAGUACGAUGGCACCGUACGAAACUCUAUGGGCGACAUCGUCGAGUUCGUGUACGGUGAGGACGGUCUCGAUGGCGCGCACAUUGAGAAGCAAAAGCUUGACAUCAUCACGUCUUCUGAAGCGAAGUUCGAGAAGACCUUCAAGCUCGACGUGGUCAGCACAGGAAAGCCCCCUAUCCCGGCCAGCCAACUCGAGGUUGCAGCCGUCAUUCAGGGUGACGUCGAGGUUCAGCAAUACCUUGACGAAGAGUUUGAGCAGAUCAAGAUCGAUCGCGAGUACCUUCGUGCCUUCAUUGAUGACGAUGACAGCCAGCAGUUCCAGCUUCCUCUCAACAUCCAACGUAUGAUCGAGUCUGCACAAGCACGCUUCGGCAUCAAGCCGCAGCAAGACCGCAGCAACCUCGAGCCUAUUCAGACUAUCACCAAGGUUCGCGAGCUUUUGGAUCGCCUCGUGGUCAUUCGUGGUGAUGAUGAGAUCUCCAAGGAAGCACAGGCAAGUGCGACCUACCUGUUCAAGUCGCAUCUACGAUCUCGUCUUGCAUUCAAGCGCCUUGUUGUUGAGUACCGUCUGAACAAGAAGGCCCUGGAUUACAUUCUCGGCGAGCUCGAGGAACGCUUCCUCAAGGCUGCUGUCGCCCCUGGUGAAAUGGUUGGUGUUUUGGCGGCCCAGUCUAUUGGUGAGCCUGCCACCCAGAUGACGCUCAACACUUUCCAUUUUGCUGGUGUGUCCUCCAAGAACGUUACGCUCGGUGUGCCCCGUCUCAAGGAAAUUCUCAACAUUGCUGCAAACAUCAAGACACCGUCUAUGCUCGUCAGGCAGCAGGAUGCAGGCGGAAAUCAGCAAGCUGCCAAGCUUCUUCGAUCCCGUAUCGAGCUUACCACUCUGCGCUCGCUUACGCACGCUGUAGAGCUGUACUACGACCCGCAGAUCAAGGAGACGCUUAUCGAGCAAGACGAAGACAUGGUUGAAUCUUACUACGUCUUUGGCGAGGGUGAAGAGAACCUCGAGGCUCAGUCCAAGUGGCUGCUUCGCAUCGUUCUGGAUCGCAAGAAGUUGCUCGACAGGGACAUCUCUAUCUCUGAAGUGGCCAACACCAUCAAAGAGGAGUUCAAGCCUAACUUGGCUGUCAUCUUCAGCGACGAGAAUGCAGACGAGCAGAUCAUUCGCGUACGAUUCAUCUGGGACGGCAACCUUCAGAAAGACGAGGAUGACGAAGACGAGCGUGAUGAGCGAUGGAUGCGAAAGCUCGAGAAGCAUCUUCUCGACGAUGUUACCCUUCGUGGUGUUCGGGGUAUUGAGCGUGCUUUCAUUCGAGAGCUGAAGGUCGUUGCCGAGAACGACGAUCGUUCCUUGAUCCUUUCUAAGAACGACCCUCGUUGCAAUGAGUGGGUACUGGAUACCACCGGUACCGCCCUGGCUGAUGUGCUUGCCAUUGAAGGCGUCAACCCUACCAAGACAUACUGUAACUCCUUCAUCGAAAUCCUCGGUGUGCUCGGUAUUGAAGCAGCUCGUGCUGGUCUUCUCAAGGAGUUGGGUAUGGUGUUGUCCUUCGAUGGUUCCUACGUGAACCAUCGUCACAUGGCGCUUCUCGUCGAUAUCAUGACACAGCGUGGUCUGCUCAUGGCUAUCACUCGUCAUGGUAUCAACCGCAACGACACUGGAGCUCUCAUGCGUUGUUCCUUCGAAGAGACGGUCGAGAUUCUUCUCGAGGCUGCCGGUUUUGGUGAGCUCGAUGACUGCCGCGGUGUGUCUGAGAACAUUAUGCUUGGUCAGCUGGCGCCCAUGGGUACUGGAGAAUUUGACGUUGUCAUGGACAAUGCCAUGCUUCUCACCAUGGUGGAGGACAACUCGAAGGUCAUGGGCGGCGCCGCAGCUGCUGGAAGCUACCUGGACAGUGGUGCAGCUACCCCUUACGACCUGGGUUCACCAACAUACGAGGGUGGCAUGGGUAUGGGCGGUUACGACGCCUCCUUCUCUCCUCUUGCUGCUGCAGGUGGCGAGAACCAAGGUGGCUUCAGCGAGUACCAGCCCAACUUCGACAACGGUGGCUUCAGUCCAUUCAACCCAGCAGGCAGAAGCCCAGGCUACGCUCCGAUGUCUCCUGGCUUCUCAGGCGCCAGCCCAACAUCACCAGGCUACUCGCCAACCUCACCUGGGUACUCGCCUACCUCGCCAGGCAUCAGCAGUCCACGCUUUGGUGCCACAUCACCUGGAUACGCGGCUACCAGCCCUCAGUACUCACCUACAUCGCCGAGCUACUCGCCAACCUCGCCGGCAUAUGGCUCUCCUACUUCGCCAUCAUACUCCCCAACUUCGCCCAGCUACUCACCGACAUCGCCGUCGUACUCGCCCACGUCGCCAAGCUACAGCCCUACUUCGCCGGCGCACCAUGGUGCGACUUCACCACACUACAGCCCGACAUCACCUGCGUAUAGCCCAACGUCACCUGCAUACAGCCCGACGAGCCCGCAGUUCGGCGCGAAUAACGACAGGCGCUCGCCUGCUUCUCCCACUUCACCGGCAUACAGCCCUGCCAGCCCGCAGUACUCUCCCACAAGCCCCACUGGCAACGCAGCGUACUCGCCUACGUCGCCCAAGUUCUCUCCCACGUCACCGGGUGCGGCACCAUAUUCGGCGUCUUCGCCAAAGUGGUCGCCUACUAGCCCGUCGUACUCGCCUUCGUAA